AUGGAAGCAACUGCUGCUAGUAGUGUAGCCCUACAGCCUCCAACUUAUGGGAACCUAAUCACCAUUCUCAGCAUUGAUGGCGGUGGAAUUAGAGGGCUUAUCCCAGGAACUAUUCUUACUUUUUUAGAAGCUGAGCUUCAGAAGAUGGAUGGUGAAGAAGCAAGAAUCGCAGAUUAUUUUGAUGUGAUUGCAGGAACAAGCACAGGUGGUCUUGUCACUGCCAUGCUAACAAGCCCAAAUGAAAAGAACAGGCCCUUGUUUGCAGCCAAGGAUAUCAAGGACUUCUACCUAAAACAAGGUCCUAAGAUCUUCCCACAAAACAGAUGUCCAUUGCUUCCUCAUGUUUCAAAGAUAAUAAAAGCCCUUUCCGGGCCAAAAUACAAUGGCAAAUAUCUCCAUAGCCUUGUCAAGGAAACACUUGGAAACACAAGAUUGCACCAGACAUUGACUAAUGUUGUCAUUCCAACAUUUGACAUCAACCGACUCCAGCCAACCAUCUUCUCCAGCUUUGAGGUCAAGAAAAACCCAAGUUUAGAUGCCCUUCUCUCGGACGUAUGCAUUGCAACCUCAGCAGCACCAACUUAUCUUCCAGCUCAUUACUUUGAAACCAGAUACCCCUCAGGAAAAGUUAGAGACUUUAACCUAAUAGAUGGUGGCGUUGCUGCAAAUAAUCCGGCUUUAGUUGCGAUUGGUGAAAUAACAAAGGAGGUGAGUAGAGGAAGCCCUGACUUCUUCCCGAUAAAACCGGUGGACUUUGGAAGGUUUCUGGUCAUAUCGUUAGGAACGGGGUCUUCGAAAGCUGAAAAGAAAUAUAAUGCGCACGAGGCAGCUAAGUGGGGUAUUUUGAAUUGGUUAAGCAAAGGUGGCUCCACCCCUAUCGUUGAUGUUUUUACGCAAGCAAGUGCAGAUAUGGUCCACCUCCAUCUCUCUGCAGUUUUCCAAGCCCUUCAUACCGAGAAAAGCUACCUCCGGAUUCAGGACGACACGUUAAGAGGGGAUGUCUCUUCCGUGGAUAUCGCCACACAGAAGAAUUUGGAUCAUCUUGUGAAAGUUGGUGAAGGAUUGCUGAAGAAACCAGUUUCUAGGGUGAAUUUGGACACGGGCCUUUUCGAGCCUUCUAGCAAAGAGACUAAUGCAGAAGCUCUCAUAAGGUUUGCGAAAAUACUUUCCCAAGAGAGGCUGCUUCGCCUAGCUAGGUCCCCCCAUGGACAUGCUGCAAAUUCCAAAUGA